GAUGGACUUGAAAAGCAGAAGAAGAUCGUUUAGCGAGCUGUUCCAGUGUGUUUUCCCAGAUGCUGGAGUUGUAGACUGAUUUGAUCACUGCAUCCAGGCAGUAAUGUCUGGCUAUUUGCGUUCAAGGCUCCUCCGUUAUGCUGGUGGAAGACAUCUGACUAGUUUCUUUGCACCCAGCCAGCAUGUUUUACCUGAUACACUGUGUAGAACCUGCCCUCAAGCACAGAGCUUCUCCUCCCGUGGUGGACGAUCGGAUGGAAGCUCAGGACAGGAAGAAGACAACACGCUGCAUGCUCCAAGACGUGAAAUGGACUUCCAGCUGAGCCGGCUGCAGAUCAAUGCAGUUCUGCGUUCUAAUGAGCAAUCCGUUCGUAUUCCAGAGUUUGAUGGCCGUGGUGGUUCCAGUCCAGUGCUCAGGUUUGAAAGCAACCAGCUUUCAGCCAACACUCCGCUAGAAGACAGACGCAGCAGCGCCAGCUGCCUCCAGACUCGUGGCAUGCUUUUUGGCGUGUUCGAUGGACACGGCGGACAUGCGUGCGCUCAAGCAGUCAGCGAGCGUCUGCCUUAUUACAUAGCUGUUUCGAUGAUGUCGGAGUCUGUCCUGGAGGAUCUAGAGGCCGCCAUGGAGACCUUACGCCCAGUGCCGCCCAUUCUGCAGUGGUUCAAACACCAUAACGACUACAACUACAGGGAAUCAGCAGCCCUGUACGUCGAUCAUUUGCGUGUUUACUGGCAGGAGCUUUUGGCGAGCGAAGAACACGGUGAUGGCAUGCGUCCCGCAGAUGCUCUCAGCUAUGCGUUCCAGCGACUGGACACGGAUCUUUCUCUUGAGGCACAGGUGCCGCUCGCAAAUGACCUGAUGCGGAGCACUGCCAUCCAGGCCGCCUUCGCUGGCUGCACAGCUUGUGUCGCUUACGUUGGACCGGAAGGAGUGCAUGUUGCAAAUGCAGGAGACUGUCGGGCAGUUUUGGGUGUCCAGGAGCAUGAUGGGAGCUGGAGUGCUUUGCCUCUCACACAAGACCACAACGCUGCCAAUGCAGAUGAGGUGGAGCGGGUAUGGCGACAGCACCCGGCUAGUGAGCGACAAACCAUAAUCGUAGAUGACAGGCUGCUCGGGGUCCUGAUGCCGUUGCGAGCGUUCGGAGACGUUCGAUUCAAAUGGAGUCGUGAGCUCCAGCAGAGUGUUAUAGAGAACGGAGACUCUGAUUUAGAAGCACUAAAUCUUUAUCAGUACGCACCACCUAAUUAUCUCACCCCACCUUACUUAGAGGCCACGCCAGAAGUCACCUACCACCGGCUUCGUCCGCAGGACCGGUUUUUGAUUUUGGCCUCUGAUGGGCUCUGGGACGAGAUGACCAAUGAUGAAGCGGUGAGGCUUGUGGCAGAACAACUGACUGGUAUUCACCUGCAAGCUCCGGUCUCAGCCAGCCAGCUCAACUUGGGACAAAUGCACCAGCUGCUGCUGCGACGGAGGGCCAGAGCAACACCCGCUUUGGAUUUGAAUGGAGCAACGCAUUUGAUUCGCCAUGCACUAGGCACAAAUGAAUAUGGAGAAAUGGACCAGGAGAGACUGGCAACCCUGCUGGCUCUGCCUAGCGAUUUAGCACGCAUGUACCGAGACGACAUCACUGUCACCGUGAUUUAUUUUAACCCAAACUUUAGCAAAGCUGCGAACUAAUAAAGAAGAGCACUUAAAUUUUUGGUAUAUAAAAUUAUAUUUGAAGGAUUGUUUUCAGCUGUGAAUUUUUCAAUGCUUUUUUAAAUGUCUACUUAUAGUGUUGUGUCCUACAGCUGACUUCUCUAUUUGAGUUUGCAACAGUUGGUUGCAUUUCAUUUUGGAAAAUAUAAAUGCAAACAAUAGGUAGAAAUCAUAAUGGGUGACUCACUUUUAAAUGACACUUUAUGGCUUACAAAAGUCUUUUUCUGUUCAUGUAGCUUCUUUAGCAGCAGAUACAGCUAACAUGCAAAUCAAAAAGCAUCUCUUUAAUUAAGGCCAGUUAUUUUUUUCAGCCUCUUGCAAAUACCUUGCACCUUUUAUGUCUCUUUUGGGUGUAAUUGCUCUUGUGUUUAGGUCGUUUUGUUGAAAGAGUUAUUGUCUACAUGUCUUUCAUAGUUAUAUUGGGUUUGUCUAGGAACUAUAGUCAUUUAAGUGUGUUUUUAGAACACUAGGAUUAGAAUAAUAAUCCAGAUUCUACUUCCAAGUUAUUCUAUAGAUAUUCCAUAAGACAUUAUUUUUACUUUCAUUAAACGUAAGUUGUUAUGCAGCCUGAAGUGUUCAGCACACUUUGUUCUUUCUGUUGUAUGUUAUUUGUUUCUGUGAAGACAUUUUGACUUUGCACUUUGUAGACUGCAGGUGUGUCAAAGUACUACAGUGAGUCACAACAAAAGUCUUAUCAAUGGUUAAGCUGAUAUUAUUUGCAGUGCAAAGUAUGAAGGUCAUAGGGACUAGUUUUAUGAAAGGCUAUAUUACACGUUACAUUUUACCUUAACGUUACAUCAAAUCACAAGUACAUUUCAAAAUUAUUUUACUGUUAUAUGUGGAUUUAUGAAGAAAACUUAGUGCACCGUGUUUCCUAUUCGUGAAUGAUUUUUUUGCUUUUUACAUUUGUUAUUUGCAUCUAUGUUACUGUUUGUUCUGGUCUAAUGUGAGUGACAAACCUCAGAAACUUUUUUUUCUUGGAAAUUUGGGAACAAGAUAAUAUAUUUUCAAUGUAGAAUUUUUCGUAUUUUUAUGAUGUCCAUUAUAAUCUGACCUUUUGGUUAUUAAAGAUUUUUAAUCCAAAAGACCUUGUUGAUAUUUCAGAAUGGAUAUAACAUUAUGAAAGCAAUGUUAUUAAAUAAAAAACUGAAGGACUGAUUUAAAUUUCA